AUGCCUUUUAAGCAAGUAACUCAAUCUAAUAAAAUCGUUAAGCGCGGCCGAAGCCGUUUAAAAAAUCCCUUUUCUACUUUAGCUAUUGCUGCUGCUGCAAUUGCAACGGUUGCGGCGGUUAUACUACGCACUUUUACCUUUAAAGAUUCGCCUUUUCUUUUAGACCUUUUUAUUAAGCGCUUGCUUAUACUAACGACCGUUAAAGCUUUAAAAUGCAUCAAGUGCAUCAAUAGUGAGAUUACAUCGGAGUCUAAUAAAGACUGCUAUAAUUGCGAUACGAGCGUUAUACGCUGUCUCCGGUAUGCUAAAAGUAGCUAUAGCAAUUGCACCGCUGCUUUUACCGCUGCUAAUACCGCUUUCGAUAACUUCCUCGCUUUAAAUACUGCUUUUUUAAGAGAUACUAUUAAUAGUGCGAGCGGUCUAGCGAAUAGAAAUAAAAGUUUUAAAAGUAGUCUCGAUAGCUUUGCAAGUUUUGCUUUUGCUUUUAAGACUUUCAAUUUGAAUAUAGCCUUUAUUAGAUUGAAUAGUCUUAUAGCAACGAACCGUAGUCCGAUGACUCGGAGCGCUUCGAGCAUAUCACCCUUUCCAGCCCUUGCGCUUGCGCUUGCCGCUUUUAUUGCUCUCGUCGCUCUCGCAGCUCUCGUCGCAUUUAUUAUCGUCGCUUUUCUUGCGCUAGUUGUUACGCUUGCCGCUCUCGCGGCAGCGCUCGCCGUUGCUAUAACGCUUGCGGAGCGCCGAGCUAAAGUGAAGAGAUUGCUAAGAGCUUUAGUUGAUCUUUUGUUAUAA